GUGAAAAGCAGAGAAAGCAGAGGAUAACUAACUGAUGACAGGAUGAUUAUGACGGCCGUAUGAUUAUGAUACGAGUGAUGUUUUGUACUUUGAGAUGGGCGUAGUUAAGUUAAAUAUAAAAUUAUUUCAGUGGGUUAUGGGAAAUUUUUGUACUAAGAAAGAACAUUGUUAACAGAAAAACUCAUUUUAAUGUGUUGCUGUAUGCUUAAUUGGAAUCUUAUUAAAUCUUACAUAUUUUCAUAAUAAUAAAACAGGAAUGGUGAUACAUUUUCGGUAACCUAAGUACAGUAAUCAUUGUCACCACGAAGUUUAUAUUAUUUGAUUAUGGCUCAGGCAUCUGCACCUAUUCUGUUGACUAUAGAGGAAAUUAAACAGCAAUAUCCCCUCCACUUCUGUGUUUGGAACAACGACUUAGAAGGUUUAAAGGAAAAAUUGGAUGGCCAAAUCGAACAGGAUUAUUUGGAGAAGAAGGAUGCUAGAGGAAGGUCACCUUUAUUGUUAGCUGUUACACUUGGACAUCUCGAAUCCUCGAGACUUCUUAUGGAACAUGGAGCAAACAUCAACACUGAAAAUAAAGAGGGAUGGACAGUGAUUCAGGAGGCAGUGGCUACAGGUGACCCAGAGCUGGUAGAGCUUGUACUCCAACGCAGAGACUACCAGCGGCUCUCAACUAGAGUUGGAGGUGUACCUGACCUGCUACUUAGACUAAAAGAGGCUCCAGAUUUUUAUGUCGAAAUGAAAUGGGAGUUCACUAGUUGGUUACCACUGGUAGCACGCAUGUGUCCGAGUGAUACCUACAAGGUGUACAAGCAAGGAUCCAAGGUCAGGAUAGACACAACUCUCCUAGGCUUUGAACAGAACAAUUGGCAAAGGGGCAACACCAGCUUCAUAUUCCACGGCCAAACAAAAACAUGUCCCAACGCAAUAAGGUGUAACCGGAGCUACAUUUUCCAGUUGUCAGAUACAUCAGAUGACAAGGCCACCAUGAUGGAGGUGGACCACGAGACCAGACAAGUGUUUGUGGAGCAGAUGAGUGUUGUGUCUCCUGAGGAGUUGCGAGUCAUCCACCCAUCUCAUGAGACUAUAGGAGCCAGACUCACUGCUCCCAUCGUCACCACUUACAUAGACACUGACAAGAUCAGCUUUGAAAGAAACAAAAGUGGAAUGUGGGGAUGGAGACAAGACAAGAGUGAAGUUGUUAGUGGACGUCCGUGUAAGGUGUUUGGUGCCAGCAACGUAGAGCUAGUGACCAAGACACGAGUGGAACAUCUGACAGAACAGGACAAGGCGAGAUGUAGAGGUGCCAAGACUCCUCUGCAGUCCUUCCUGGGUAUAGCAGAGACUGAGGAGCGAGCCCCCACACCACAUGAAGAAUACACUCACCUAGGCAAUCCAUGUCAAAUAUCUCCUGAAGAAUACUUCAGUCCCAAUAUAGAUCUUGGAGGAAGGGAUAUUGGAAGACCAAAGGAACUCACCACUAAAAUACAAAAGUUCAGGGCAACUUUGUGGCUGUGUGAAGACUAUCCGUUGAGUCUUCAGGAGCAGAUCAUGCCUAUUGUUGACCUAAUGGCUAUCUCCAGUUCUCACUUUGCAAAACUGAAGAACUUCAUUCAAAUGCAACUACCUUCAGGGUUCCCCAUCAAAAUUGAGAUCCCGUUAUUUCAUGUGCUAAACGCCAGAAUCACUUUUGGAAACAUUUUCGCAAUGGAUGAGCCAGUCUCAGGAGUUCAAAGAGUAGAAGAAGAAGGAAGAGUGUCGUGCAUUCUUGACGACUCUUGUUUCGAACCACCUGCUUCAUACACACUUAUGGGAGCCGACAUGAGACGACAGAUCAGUCUGGAAGAAGAUGACGACAUGCUUCAGUAUGCCAUCACUCAGAGCUUGCUGGAGAGUGGCAGUGAGGAGGACCAAGUUGAUAUUUGGGAAGCUCUUCAGGUCCAAAGGCCAAGUACUCCUGGAUAUAUUCCUGAGGAUGAGGAAAAAGCUUUACAGAGCGAUCUACCUAAAUCUAGGUCUCCAAACCUUCAAGUCCCAAAACGGUAGUUGCAAAACUUAUUUUAAAAUAGUUUUGUGAUUGUAACUUAUGUCAAUUUGUUUUAUUUUGCACCACUUAGAUGUUGAAAUAGAAUUUUGGUAACUUCUGAUUACACAUUUAACUGAGUGAAAACAUAUUCAAUUUUACACAUUAGAUUUUUAUAAUUAUGAAUUAAUAUCCACCUUUUAUUUAAUUUUUUUCAAUAAUUGUAGUGACCCAGCAAAGUAAAUAUGUAAGAAAAGUACCCUAAAUGUUACAUCAUGAGCUUGAAAUACCAUAUUCUUAAAACUAUGUCCCCUUAACAAUACAACCCCCUUAGAACUGCAGUAAUCAAGGACAACCCUUUAUCUAGGAUUGCAGCUGUGUUUAUUGUCUUAAUUAAUCCAAUAAUUGAUUAGAGUUUGAGUACUGCCACGUAAUUUAAUAAUAUACCGUACCUGAAACAAACACGUUUGAGAGCGCUUGAACUCAUCACACCGUUAACCAAUUAGGUUGUCAAGCAUUUUUGUUUAGUUUCUUUUUCAAUCACACUAAAAUUAUUUAAUUUAAAAUAAAUGGAUAUUUUUGUUUUUGACCUUUAACAGUAACUGUCAGAUAAUUUCUUAGCUUAUAUUUGAACCAACCAUUUUAUAAUGUUAUUCCAAAACAAAACCUUCUAAUCUUUUACAUAUUCAACAUAAAUACUACAUUGACAUCAGUCAAACAGAAAAUUUAUAUUUUGUUCGGAGAGGUGAAACAAUAAGUUAGAAUAAAAAUAUACGGGAUGUAAAUAAA